ACUGGAUCAUAAGUCAGCCGCUCCCAUUCCUCACAUCUCUCCUCGCUCCUCAUUGUGCUCUGCUGACUCAGUGCCUUAAGCAUCAUCCGCUCUCAACGCCACUGGCACAAACCACGACCAUUGUGGAAAUUAACACGGAUUCAAGAAAGGACACCAUGGCCAAAACAGCUAUCGCAUACAAAGAGAAGAUGAAGGAGCUGUCCAUGCUCUCGCUCAUUUGCUCAUGCUUCAGCCCACAGACGCGCAACAACCUCGUUUGUGAGUUUGAAGAUAUGGAAGUAAAGCCCAUAAACAAAAGGGCCUCAGGCCAGGCCUUCGAGGUGAUCCUGAAACCGCCCUCACCUGUGUCAGAUGUGGCCCACAGCAUCACCUCUCCUCCAAAGAAGCGGGAUGUGUCACUGGAAGAUAUCCAGAAGAAACUGGAGGCUGCUGAGGACCGCAGGAGGUCCCAGGAAGCUCAGGUGCUCAAAGCUCUGGCUGAGAAACGUGAGCAUGAGAGAGAUGUGCUGCUCAAAGCCAUGGAGGAGAACAGCAACUUCAGCAAGAUGGCAGAGGAAAAGCUCAUCCUGAAGAUGGAGCAGAUCAAGGAAAACCGGGAGGCUUAUCUGGCAGCCAUGAUGGAUCGCUUGCAUGAGAAGGAGCGACAUGCUGCAAUUGUCCGCAGGAACAAGGAGCUGAGGGAAGAGCUAAUAGCAUGAAGUUCUCCUCCUCCUCCUCAUACUCUUCAUCAGCCAACCUAUCAUCCUAUCCUGCUCACGCACACUCACACACAACCACUGGUCAAAACCAGUCAAAACAACUAGUAUCACACU